AUGUUCUCCCUCCAGGAGGGUCUCCCCAGAGGAGGGCUGGCCAUGAAGGAAGAGCCGCUCGGCGGCGGCGGCGGAGGGGGGCUGGCGGCCGUCCGCUCGUGGAUGCAGAGCACCGGGAUCCUGGACGCCAACACCGCGGCGCAGAGCGGCAUUGGACUGGCUCGGGCCCAUUUUGAGAAGCAGCCGCCUUCCAACCUCCGAAAGUCCAACUUCUUCCACUUUGUGCUGGCCAUGUACGACCGGCACGGGCAGCCGGUGGAGAUUGAAAGAACGUCCUUCAUUGACUUCGUGGAAAAGGACAGAGAGCAGAAUGGAGAAAAGACCAACAAUGGAAUCCAUUACCGGCUGCAGCUGCUGUAUAGUAAUGGUCUUCGGACAGAGCAGGACCUCUACGUUCGGCUGAUUGACUCCAUGUCCAAGCAGGCUAUCAUCUACGAAGGACAAGAUAAGAACCCGGAGAUGUGCCGUGUGUUGCUGACGCAUGAGAUCAUGUGCAGCCGCUGCUGCGAUAAGAAGAGCUGUGGCAAUCGCAACGAGACGCCUUCCGACCCUGUCAUCAUCGACAGAUUUUUCCUCAAGUUCUUCCUCAAAUGCAACCAGAACUGCCUAAAGAAUGCCGGGAACCCCCGAGACAUGCGGCGCUUCCAGGUCGUCGUGUCAACAACAGUGAAUGUAGACGGCCAUGUCCUUGCGGUUUCUGAUAACAUGUUUGUCCACAAUAAUUCCAAGCACGGGCGUCGGGCACGGAGGUUGGACCCCUCGGAAGCUGCCACCCCCUGCAUCAAAGCCAUCAGCCCCAGUGAAGGCUGGACCACGGGAGGCGCCACCGUCAUUGUGAUCGGGGACAACUUCUUUGAUGGGCUGCAGGUGGUCUUCGGCACCAUGCUGGUGUGGAGCGAGCUCAUCACGCCGCAUGCAAUCCGUGUACAGACGCCCCCACGGCACAUCCCCGGGGUGGUAGAGGUGACGCUGUCCUACAAGUCCAAGCAGUUCUGCAAAGGGGCGCCCGGACGCUUCGUCUACACAGCCCUGAAUGAGCCAACCAUUGACUACGGGUUCCAGCGAUUGCAGAAAGUGAUCCCACGACACCCUGGGGACCCUGAACGUUUACCCAAGGAAGUGCUACUCAAGAGGGCGGCUGACCUGGUGGAAGCGUUGUAUGGAAUGCCACACAACAACCAGGACAUCAUCCUGAAACGGGCAGCUGACAUCGCCGAGGCCCUGUACAGCGUCCCUCGCAACCCCAACCAGCUGACCUCCCUGGCUGGGAACCACGCCCACUCGGGCAUGAUGGGCGUCAACUCCUUUGGGAGCCAGCUGGCCAUCAAUAUCAGCGACUCCCAGGGCUCGGAGCAAGGAUACACACGCAACACAAGCAGCGUCUCGCCGCGAGGUUACGUGCCCAGCUCCACCCCGCAACAGAGCAGCUAUAACACCAUCACGUCCAGCAUGAAUGGUUACGCGGGGACUGCCAUGACUAGCCUCGGGGUGCCCGGGUCGCCCAGCUUCCUCAAUGGCUCCACUGCCAACUCCCCCUAUGCUAUCAUGCCAUCCAGCCCCCCACUGGGAGCCUCCUCCAUCGCCAGCUCCUCCACACCGGCAGGCGUCUUCUCCUUCUCUCCCGUCAACAUGAUCUCCGCCGUCAAGCAAAAAAGCGCUUUUGCCCCCGUAGUCCGGCCGCAAGCCUCCCCGCCCCCUACCUGCACCAGCGCCAACGGCAACAGCCUCCAAGCCUUGUCCGGUCUCAUCGUACCACCCAUGUGAGCCAGGGACGCCUACUGAGCCUUCAGGAAGAAUGGAGCAAUGGACUGGCGUUCCCCCCUGGCCCUUGGACUGAAAAAGCACGGGCAUUGCUUAUGAGAUAAGAGCUCCUGGAGCACCCCAGCUCCUUCUGACUCGGCUGCAUGAUUUACAAGAGGCUCCCCCUUCUGGUGGGAGGCUGAAAUGUAGCCGGAGAAGCCCAGGAAGGUGAUCUUCAUCCACAAACCCUGAAUUGUGGGGGGUGGGCUUCGUCCUCAAGGAGGAUAGUGAUGUUGGGGCUAGGGUGAGAGUGUUGGAGGGGGGACUUGGCACUGCCAUCCUUCCCUCCCAGGAGUUUCUUUUGCAUCCUGCACCAUUUCUCGCUGCUUUGGUUAAAGGACCACAAGCAAAAAGAUUCCAUCGUCCCGGUUGGGUUUCCACUCAGGUAGAUUUGCUCCCUGCCAAGAAUGGAACAUUCCUUUGAAAAAGUGUGUAUCUUGUAGUUCCCGAUUCCCCUGUGUCUUUGGAAAACUGACCCCGUGAGCCAGCACUCCGGAGUGCUUUAUUCCUGAGGUCUUGGACAGGCAUCCCAGGAAAUGAGACAGUGAGCAGAUAGAAAAAUUGCCACCAUUCCAGAAGUCUUGCCUCUCUCUUCCUGGAAAUGCCUCCCCGAGUAAGAUGGCUUCGCUGGAGCCAACUUCUACUGGCCCCCUGGUUCUUGCCAAGUUCGAGAUUGAUUCCAGUGAGGAAGAAGGCUUUCAGGAAAACAAUAAUCAUUCCAAAAAAGGACCCUAUCUCCCACCUCCCUCGCCUUUCAUUUUUCAUCCUGACUUCCUUUCAGCCUCUUAUAAGUAAACACAGAUGAAAUCCUCCAACACAAUUGAGUUUGGCCUAGCAGAUGUUGGCAGGAGCAUGCCUGUGAACGAAAGGCAUUGCCCGGAAAGCCAACGUCUGGUGCCACUGCAAGCCCCUCUUUCACAGGCAGUGUUGCCCAAAAGCACAUAAACAUAAAACUGGCAAUCCGCACGUAUGCCUUGGGUCAACCUGCCUCCCUCUAGAAAACUGCUAACUCCAGUUUGCUGAAGCCGUGCAUGAAGUCGUCUUUAGUCUUUGGGAAACGUUUGCUGGAAUCCCAGCAACACCCAUCAGUUAUGACCUUGGCCGUGUGCUCUUCCCAGAUGUUCCAGAUGUUGCCGUGCCCACCCACAAAUCCCCAGGAGUGUUUUUCUCCACCUUCUUCCGCCUCGCCCCAUUGGCAGCCACGCCGCCAUUGUCUCUGAUUCCCGAGAACAGAAAAGAGAUGAAUCAGCAACAGCCUUGCACGUUAAGUUCUCUGAGGCUACGUUCACGUCGACAGCUGACCGCUGUUUGACAAACCCUUCGCGGGGCUUCUGUCCUGGGCUUGUUCUCCCAGGUGCUGGCUUUGCAAGCAUCCUGGGGCGGGAGAUCCACGUUGCAGCCCCACGUAAGCCACACAGCUCCUGUGCUGUCCCCACCCUGGGUAUCGCCAGUCCAUACCUUUGCCACUUAGAUCUGUUAAAUGUCUUGCAGGGAGGUUUGAUUGGCACACGGAAGUGACUCCCGUAACCAGGAUAACUCGAAGCCCGCCUGAGCAAGGGGCAAAAGUGAGGAGAGAGCAAGAAACACGGGGUCUUCCUACAAGACCCUCCUCCCCCCUCCCCCUGCCUGUUGGUUCAUGUGAAUGUUAGCAGUAGAAGGUCCAUUCUGACCUGUCCUAGAAUACCUCUGCCCCCAGGGCAGAGAGGAGACUAGAGUAGAAGAAGAUGGCGAGAGAGUCUAAUGCCCUUUUCCGCAAGGUUAUUCUUCUUGGAUAUUCUUGCACCGUCAACUGGCUUGGCUUUCUGCCGCUUUGAUUAGCAAGGCGUUCCCCAAAGCAUCUUGGGAAGUAUCGCCUGUUGAGAAUUCAGCCCUUGAGAUCCCAACCCCCCCCCCUUCCCGGUUAUGUGGGGAAAUGGAGUUUUGUUUUGUUUUUGAGCCAGUGUCGUCACCCCCCUGGUCGGGGAGCAUAAACUUGCACACACCGAGCCUGUCUGCAAAAAGCACAGAAAUUCAGGGCGGAACAAAGUUUAUCCUAGCUAGCGUGCGAUCUCCAUUCUGCAUGCUGAGAUUGGGGUGGUGGGGGCAUUACAGGGAUAUCGGCAGGUGUCUCUGCCUGCUGCCAAGCCUGUUUCUCCCCCAAGCUGGAUUCAUUCUUAAGGGGGGGGCGCUUUAAAAGCUCUGAGAAGGCAUCUGCAACGAGUGGGAAGGAGAAGGGGUACACAACUCUCCCACUUGUGGCUCAGUGGCAGAGCAUCUGCACAGCACGCCCCAGGUUCAGUCCCUGCAAUCUCCAGUUAAAAAGGACUGGGCAUUCGUUGAUGGGAAAGACCCCUCCCAGGGAGCCGAGAGAGCGGCUGCCAGUCCAAGCAGACAAUACAGAUCUUGAUGGACCAAGGGUCUGACUCUGGGUAAAGCAGCUUCAGGUGUUAGCCUGCUGUUUCACCCUGCCAGCUCCACCUUUAGCGUUAUGUAGGAAACAGGGAUACACCAUCUGGUUCUUUACUAAAGUUUGCCCAGCUGGAAAAUUGGGGUUCCUACGGCUGUUUAGCUUUCUUCACGCAGCCCAAGAGAGCCUACAGAAUGACGGGGGAAAGAGAGGCAAGCGGGAAAACUGGUUGCUUCCUUCUUCACGGUCCAUUCCGAAACUUGUUCCAGAACUUUUGUCGUCAACAGUUCCAGAGGACUUUCAGGUGUGCGCGUGAAAACCUCACACAAAGCCACCAUUCCCUGCCCCAGAAGUUGGGUUAAGACCAAAAGAAAACCGAAGAACCACUUCCCUGGUGGAUUCGUGAAAGAGUUGAAUUCAUGAACCGACUUGGGGUUUUAUAGCAAGGGAAAGCAUUGUUUCUUUACAGUUUUACAUUUUCUCCCCAAAGUAAUCUCAGAUCUUUACAAACUGCAGGUACGCUGAUUUUUGAAUCACUUAUUUUUGAAAACAUCUUUUUAAAACAAAAACUGUACCUUGUGUUUUUUUUAACUCCUUUUUUUGUAAAAAAAAAAAAUAAUAAAAUAGGAUUCAAAGACGGGGUCUGAAUCUGAUGGGAAGCUCUCCCGCAACUACGCCAGUAAAAUCAAUGGGUGUUGCUCCUGUUGGUUUUAGUGGGACCAGUGCUGGAGAAAGCCCUGUCGAAUUGGGUCCUGGAAUUUUAGGACAUCUUCUUUCCACCUCCCACAUUUAUUUUUCUAACAUUAUUUCUAAGUGGGAAGAAGGGAAGCAAAAUUUUGUAAAUAAAGAUUACGGGAAACGAAUAGCCCCCGAAUAUGGGAUUUCAUCCCACCCGCUGGGGUUUGUUCACUGUGUAUUUAUCUUGUUGUCUGGAGAGCUGUUCUCCUUUCUCAUGGUUUCUUUGGUAUAUUUUUAAUUUUUUUUUUUACAUUGUCCGUUGUGUGUCCUGUGACGGCUGUUGUACAAUAGCAAAGUUGAUAAAUUACUGGCUGCACUGUUUUUCAAUGUAAGCACAUGUAAAUGAACUAUUACCUUCAUUUCUUAGGAAACGGGCCC